AUGGCUUCAAGACGCUUACUGAAAUCGCUGCCAUCGUCCAUCGCCCGACCUGGACGACUUUUCACAGUCACCACUCCAGUUACGGUAUAUCGAACGUUCUCCUCGUCCACUCUGUGCUUAGAUUCGGAGACUCAAAAGAAUGGCAAGCCUGUUGCGACUUCGACGGAAAACGCAUAUCCCAAUUUCAGUCUACGCAAAAAGGCAUAUGUUGUCACGGGGGGCGGACGAGGACUGGGGCUGACCAUAGCCGAAGCCAUGGUACAAGCGGGUGCACAAGUACAUUGCUUCGACCGAUUAGACACUCCUCACCCCGAUUUCGCACUAUCGCAAGAAGCGUCCAAGAACCUCGAGGGGUCAAUACAUUACCAUCACGUCGACGUGAGAGACCGAGAGCAUCUGAACCAGACGAUCCGUACGAUCACCAAAGAACACGGGCAGAUCGAUGGGCUGGUAGCAGCCGCGGGCAUCCAGCGUGUCAAGGACGCGGUAGACCACACUCCCCAGGAGGUCGCCGACUUGAUGGAUGUCAACUUCACGGGCGUCUUCAUGUCCGCCAACGCCGUCGCGGAGCAGAUGAUGCAGACCAAGCGGCCAGGAUCCAUUGUGCUUGUGGCCAGUAUGUCAGGAAUGAUUGCCAACAAGGGUCUGACCUGUCCUGCAUAUAAUGCCUCCAAGGCAGCGAACUUCGAGGAGGUUCCCGGCUUGAAAGAAACAUGGGAGAAGGAGAAUAUGCUAGGCCGACUGGCGGCUCCUGAAGAGUUCACGGGCGCCACUAUCUUCAUGCUCUCACCGGCAAGCAGUUUCAUGACGGGAAGCUGUCUUGUCGUUGACGGUGGACAUACCGCUUGGUAA